AUGGAUCCAUUCCAGCUGUUGUCGCGAUCAACAAAGCUAUCAAAAGGUGGCCUCUUGCGACCGCAGCAUAGCACUCCCUCGAGCGGCGAUCUCACGCGACCGCAAUUGUCCUCCAACGGGACAGGCGAACAAGGUGGUAUUACGAACAGCUCGAGGAAGCGCAAAAGGACACAGGAACGAUCGCACGAAUCGAAUGAGCUAGAUUUCUUUGGUGGUGAUGGCCACAAGACGGUACGAGGGCCUAGCAAUGAAGGCGGAUCGAAGAAACACGGCAGCAACAACGACAUCAGCGACGACAAUGAGGAGGAGGUUCUGGAGCAUGUCACUGGAACGUUGCGAUCUGGAAGCAGUGGAUCGACGGUCAUGUCAGAGAACGAGCGCAAGGAAAUCCUGCAAAAGCACAAAUUAAAGGUCACUUGGAUCAAGGCAGCUCCGUCGAAAAAGGUCAAGCGAGAUGGCGUAGAGAAGAAGAAGGCGAAGGCUGGUAAGACAGACAAGAUCUCAGUACAUCCUCGGCCUCUGCGAUCCUUCGCCGAGCUCAAAUCAGAAUACGGAUUAUCUACUCGACUCGCUUCGAACAUCGACGAUCAAGGUUACCGUGAGCCAACAGAGGUUCAAAUGGCAGCCCUCGCGCUUUUGAUGGAUCAGGACAACGAAUGGCUACCUGCGGCAGAGGCGUUGAGGAGUUCGUUUCCAAACGGCAAGACCAGUCUGCUUACUGUAGCACCCACAGGCAGUGGUAAGACGUUAGCGUUCAUGAUCCCCUUGAUCCACAGCAUUGGCAAAGCCAGACACAAGACCUCUGAAGAUGCUCGGAGGAAGAUCUCCGCGAUCAUUCUGGCCCCAACCAAAGAGUUGGCUUCACAGAUUUCCAACGAAGGAAGGAAGCUAGCGCAAGGCACAGGCGUUCGAAUUUCUCAAGUUCGCAAGGGCAUGAAGCUAGCGACACAGACCGUGGAGCCAUCGGAGGAGCAGGACGAGGCUCAGGGCGGCAGCGAGACGGUCGUCAAGUCUGAUAUCUUGGUUGCCACACCAGGAAUUCUGGCCAGUGCAGUCAAGGAUGCUUCCGAAGUGGGCUCGGCAGUUCUAUCAGAUAUACAGCACCUGGUCCUUGACGAGGCCGAUGUGCUUCUGGAUCCACUAUUUCGGGAUCAGACUCUUUCCAUCUGGAAUAGCCUCCCGCAAGGGUCGAUGCAUGUCAGCCUAUGGUCCGCAACAAUGGGAAGUAACAUCGAGGAGCUGGCUCGAUCAACGAUUGAUACUCGUCUAGCACGCAUCUCUCAGGAGGGCGGCUCAGAUCUGGUCGCAGCACCUCUUGUACGACUUGUGGUUGGUCUAAAAGACUCGGCAGUUCCCAAUGUCCAGCAUAGACUCGUAUAUGCUGCAUCAGAGCAAGGAAAGCUUAUGGGCUUGCGGCAGCUGCUGCACCCUGCAGCAACAUCGAGAGAUGUCGGGCCGCCACUCUUGCCGCCAUUUCUGGUUUUCACGCAGACAAUUGAGCGUGCUGUCGCACUUCAUUCGGAACUUGUUUAUGACAUUCCAGCUGAAGCAGGAGGAAUUAGCCGUAUAGCUGUUCUCCAUUCUGACCUCUCAGAUACAGCCAGAGACAAGGUGAUGACCGGAUUUAGGAAAGGAGAGAUCUGGGUCCUCAUCACCACUGAUCUGCUCUCACGAGGUGUGGACUUCCGAGGUGUCAACGGCGUGGUGAACUACGAUAUACCGACUUCAAGCGCUGCCUAUGUGCAUCGUGUCGGAAGAACAGGGCGAGCCGGACGAGAAGGAGGCGUCGCUGUGACACUGUACAGCAAAGAAGAUAUCCCGUUCCUGAAGCCAAUCGCGAACCUGGUCGCAGCUGCACACAGACUCAAAGGCAUCCCGGAUGCGGAUAUGACGGGGGGUGUCCAACCCUGGCUGCUCGAUGCGCUUCCGACGUUGAGCAAGAAGGCAAAGCAAGACCUGAAAAAACGUGGGGUGGAAUCGAGGACGACACGCGGCGCGCAAAGGGAUCCCAAAGCAGCAAGAAAGUCGAGAAUCAGCACCAAGCCAGGUUUCUUGCGCAAGGAAGAGAAUAAGAAAAAAGGCGCAAUCAUGGGUAGCCGGAACAGGCAGGAGGCCAACGCAUCCGAUGCAGGCGACGAAUCUGACUUUGGUGGCUUUGACUGA